UUAAUUUAAUUUAAUAAUUUUUUAUAUUGUAUCAAUUUAUUAUAAUUCAUCACAAAAAUAAAUAUGUGUGGUAGAUUAUUUAUGAGAUUAAAUCUUCAACAGCUACAGUAAAUUUCAAGAUGUGCAGCAAUUAGGAAUGUUUCGAGAUAUCGUUCUAGUUAUAAUGUAGGACCUACUAAUUAUAUUCCAUGCAUAAGAAAAAAUAGUGUAAAAAAUAAUAAACAAGAUAUUUCAGAUGAGUAAAAAGUUGAGUAGCUUGCUAAAUAACAAAUUAAUAAUUCUAAUAAAUAAAAUAUUGUGUUCAUUUCUGAUCCUAUUAUUUAAGAAGAAGGAUGUGAAGCGAGUAAUCUAUUUAUUACUGCUAAGCAUUUAUUUUAUAAAGAAAAUUAGAAUGAGCAAAUCUAAAUGUAAGAAUAAGUCAACGUAGAUAAUCAAUAUGAUUAGCCCUAGAUAAGCAAUGAAAGUUAGCAAACAGAUAGAAUGUUGGAUUUUUUGUAUUGGGGUUUUUAGACAGAAUUUUAAAAUAUAAUUAAUAUAAGAAGUGAAGAGGCUGAAAUGAAAAAAACAUUUAAACCUUUGCUUAAUAAAAAUAGAUGUGUAUGCAUCACUUAAGGCUACUACGAAUGGACUCCAGAUAAAAUUCCUUAUGUAUUUUACAACAAUUAAAAAGACUAUAUGCUUAUUUGUGGAAUUUAUAGUGAAGAAAGUGAAUAAGUAAUGCUUUUAACUAGAGAAUCUUUUGGAAAGUUUGAUUAAGUUCAUCAUAGAAUGCCUGUAUUCAUUGAAGAGGAAGAAGUAGAAUAAUGGCUAAAUCCUAAUAUAGAAUAUAAAGAAGUAUUAUUUAAAUAGCUUUUAAAAAGAGAUAGAAAAGUUUAUGAUGAAAUAUCAUCAUACAGAUGCUCAAACAAUGUUAAUAAUAUAAGAGAGUAAAGUGUAAAAUGCUUAAUGAGUUAUGAAGAACAUAAGAAGUACUUAGAAAAGAAUGGCAUAGGAAAAUUUUUCAAAACAAACAAAGUAGUAGAAGAUAAAAAAGAUGAAGAGACUCAAGCAUAAAGUUACUACAAAAAAGAAAUAAAUAAAUAGUUAACAUAAGAAACUAAUGAUUUAGCUACUUAAUUUGAAAAUACCUUUUUAAAUGACUCUAAAAAGGAAGGAGAAGAAGAAAAUAAACUUUAUAUUUCACAAUCUGAAGUAGAAAAUGUUCAUAAUAACAUAAAUAGUGAUAUCUAAGAAAGUAAAUAAAAAACUUAAUAGCAAAAUAAGAAAAGUAAUUAAAUUAAUUCAAUAAAAAAAGAAAGAUAAAUAUAAGAAAAACAGGAGCAAAUACAAUAAAGCUCAACAAAAAAAAGUAAUAAAUUGGUCAAACCUUCAGCGAAUACAUUUUUAGAAGGUUUAGAAUAAUUUUUUCAAAAUAAAAACAACGAAAAAAAAUGA